AUGACGGAUUUAUUGGAAGGUCACAGAUACAACAUCCAACAUGUCAUUGUGAUGGGGGAUGGUGGGACCUACCUGUCGGUGAGAGAUGUAAAUAGGGAAGGUGGGAGGAAGAUGGAUAGACGUUGGAUUCAUGGUGCUCUGUUUACCCCUCAGUAUAUUUGUGGUGUCCGGUCUUUCAUGAACUUUGUCAAAGAGAGGUUCUCUGAGUCUGAGAAGAUUUUGUGCCCAUGUGAAAGCUGUCUGAACUAUAAAUCUUUAGAGCAAAAUGAAGUGGAGAGGCACCUACUGCUCAAUGGCAUGUCCAGCACAUAUACCAGGUGGAUAGAUCAUGGAGAGGACAGAAAUAUUCAUGUUUUGGAGGAACUAGAAGUAGUUGAGGAUGCAAAUGUUGAUUCUUAUGUACCUGAGCACACCAAUGAUGGUUGUGGACUUGAAGAGAUGUUAGGGGAACUCGUCAGGUCUGAACAACAUAGAAAUGAGGCUAGACCUGAAGAUGGAAAUGAGGGUGCUGCAUCACAUUUCAAACAGCUGAUUGAAGAUGCUAAGCAUGGAAAGAUCAUGAGAGAAAGAAGGUUCCAAAGCAAAAGUAUUGCGGCAUUUUCCAUUGGUCCCCAGGCUGCAAAGGAUGUUUGUUUGAAGAAAAGAUCGGAGGAAGCACAGUGGCAUAAGUUGAAGAGGAAACACAAUGAGAAGGAAAUGACCCAUCCUGCGAGAUGGAAAGGCAUGGGAAGAUUUUGA